AUGAAAAAUAGAUCAUAGAGCUCUUUUAGCGAAAACUAAUCUGCAUCUAUAGGAACAAAAUUUGUAGAAAAUCAAGCUAAUAAGCAAAAUGAUUAAUAGAAUGAAGAUGAUUAAGUAAGCUAAAAUAAUGAAUAAACAGACAAAAAAGGAUACUAGUAAUAAUUAAUUUAAAUUAUUAAGAACCAACCGAAGAUCUGCUUUUACAAGAAAAAAUCUGAUUGUUGUUAAAACAUUUAAACAAAGACUAUUAGAUCUAUGGAAAUCAAGUAUAUUCAAUAGAAAUAUGUUCAUAUAUCUUUUGGUAUAAAGUUACUUGAUCUUGCUAGUAUUAAUACAAUUUAUGCCUUUUUUUCUUUAAAUGUAUUCGAUUUAGUUAUUUAGUUGAACACUGAUAUUCUAGUUAAAGGUCAAGAAAUUCGUGUUAGAGACCUUAUUCUUAAAGAAUAUCUAAAAAAAAGCGCUAUCGAAGACGUCUUACCUCUAGUUAUGUUCUCAAUUUACUAUUCUUUAAAUUUUAAUAUUGAUUUUAGAUAUAUUCUUUUGCCUUUUUUAGUUAAAAUGAGAAAAUUUAAUUCUCUUGUGAAACAUUUUGAAGAAUCUUCUACCUUAAAUGUUAGGUAAUAUAAUAUUGCUUAGCUCGUAAAAUUGGUCUUCAUUAUGCUUUUCGUUUCACACUUUGCAACGUGUAUCUGGAUUUACGAAGCAAAAUCAAUUUUUACUGAUAACAAUUGGAUGGUAUUCUUUAACAUUAAUCAAUAUCACUGGUAAGAAUAAUAUAUCAGAGGAUACUAUUUUAUAAUAGUAACAAUGAGUACAAUUGGAUAUGGUGAUCUCUAUCCUAUCAAUGCUUUUGAAAUUAUAAUGGCCAUAUUUACAAUAAUUUUUGCUACAGGUAUAUUUGGUUAUAGCAUCAACCAAAUAGGUUUCAUUUUCAAUCAAAUUUAAGAGAUGGAGAAAAAAAUUAAUAAUGACAUUCAAAUUAUAAACAGAUAUAUGGAGAGAAAGAAAGUUAGUCAUUAAUUACAGUAUAAGAUAAGAGAGUAUUUGGAUAGUUUUUGGAGAGAAGAGCUUUUAAUUAAAACAGACAAUGAAUCUAUGAUCGUUAACAUGCUCAAUAAUUCAUUAAAAAAUGAAUUAUUUAAAGAAACUUAUUUUGUUGCUUUUUAAAAUAGUAUUUUGAAUGAGUACUUCUCCAGUGAAGUUUUAACUCAAUCUAUCAAACAUAUUAAAGAAAUUUAAUGCAUCCCAGAACAAAUAAUUUUUUCUAAAGGUGAUUCAUUUGAUCAUAGUAUUUAUUUUGUUGAAAGUGGUAAUAUAGAUCUCUACAUACCAGAUAAUAGCUAAAUUUCUGUUUUAUAAAGCUUAAAAGCUGGAGAAUGCUUUGGAACCUAUUCCUUUUUUACCGCUGAAGAUAGGACUUGCUGUGCAAGAAGUAAAGGGUUUUCUAACAUUCUAAAAAUAAAUAGAGAAGAUUUUAUUGAAGUCUUAAAGAGCCACUCAUAAGAUUAUGAAAUGUUUUGUCAUAUUAAGGAUAAAUUAUAUUUUUAAAAAGAAUUUGGAUUAAUUUAUGACUAUUGCUUUAAGUGUGAAGGAAAUAGGCAUUUAAUUUACUAAUGUCCAAAAUUACAUUACUGCCCUGAUAAAAAAUAACUCAUUUUUAAGGAUUAAUAAGCAGAAUAAAAAAGGGACAAUAAAUAUUAAAGAACUUAAACUAAAUAGCAAGGUUUUUUCAGAUAAAAAAUGUAAAUUGAAGAAGGAUUUUUACAAUUAAUUGAUGAAAAAGAAGACUUAAUUGAAGAAUUUGAAGAUUUAUAUUUAUAUGGAAACAUGUAUGAAGUUGUAAAGGAUGAUUUAGAUUCUCAUUACUAAAAGUAAUCAAGCAACAACAACAACAAUAAUAAUAGCAAUAUCAAUAUCAAUAAUAACAGUAAUAUAAAUCAAUAAAAUAAAAAUGGCCAGUAAAUUUCUUAGCAUAAAAGAAAUUCAUAAUUGUCAUAGAAUUCUUAAUUGUCUAUACACGAUAGACCAGGCAACCAAUCAUAAUUUAACAGAAGAGGAUCAAGGGAAUCUACAAGAAGAAUGCUUGGAAGAAGGGUAACGACUAAGGAAGAUAUAAGUGAUUUAAAUUAAUAUUUCAAAGGUAGGAAAAAAAGCACUUAAAUAAGUUCAACAGUGAUUGUACAACCAUAGCACUAAUAGCCUUUUAUAUCUUAAUUAUAGCAACAAUGGAUUAAUCAACUUUAAAAAAAAAAUACAUCGCUGACAAGCAUGAACGAGAUUGAAGAAGAAAAACCAUAAAGAUAAUAUUUUAAUGGAUAAUAAUAAGAAAAUCAUUAUUUGAAUAAAACAGAGUCAAUAAAAGAUAAUACUAAAUUGUCUAAUCAAUAAACACAAAGUGAGCAUUCUAUAAAGUCUCAUAAAAAUAUAAAUAAUAACAAUAAUAUUAGUAAAUAAUUGACUUAAUAAUCAACAAUGAUAUAAUCUAACUAAUUUAUUAUCAACAAUUUGAAUAAUAUCAUUACUAUGCUUUAAUCAAUGUGUAUAAACCCUCCUACAGCCACAAAUAACAGCUCAUAUCAAAUAAAUAUUAAAAAUAACAACUUAGAAUAAUAAAGUACUUUGAACAGCCACGCUUUAAAUUAAAACUAAGAAGAAAAAUAACAGUAAUUAAAGUUAGAUAAUUAUAGUCGAGGACAAACAAGUAAUACCCGUAACAAUACCCAUUAUAGUAAAUCAAAUAAAUAAUUCAACUUUAAUAUGGAUCUAGAUAGUAUGAAAAUAAUGAAACAAUACAUGAUUGAAUCGAAUUACACAACUGUGAUUGAGUCUCUUAAUAGAGUCUUUUUAAAUGAAAUAAGAAAAACUCGCAAAGCUUCAUUUAAAUCAAGAAUAAAGACCAAUAUGACACAGCACAGAAUAGAUAUCUUCUUAAAGAAUUAAGAGUUAAGAAAAUCCAAUUCUCAGAAAAAUAUAAUAAAUGUAUAAGUAGUUUACAAGAAAAGCUCCUUUGAUUGUUAUGAUUAUGAGAAUAAGAAUCCAGAUUUCGCAAAAAGCAUGAGUUUAGAUUUUAUAUAAGAUGAUAGAAUGUCAAGAGUAAGUAGACUUUCUUAAUCUAAAUAAGAUAUCAAUAAAUCUAGAGCAAGCCACACCUUAUUUGUAAAUAAUAACAACAUCAAUAAUAAUAGUAAUAGUCUGUCAUUAAAUUAAAGCUAAAUUAAUUUAUUUGAAAGAAAUAAUAAUGAUUAGAGGAAAAAUUGGGAUAUGAAUGAAUCAUAAGAAAGAGCCAUUUUGGACAUUAGUCAUUUUACACCUAAUAAACCAUCAUUCUGA